AUGUCUCAGGGGGUGACUUACGCUGACCUGAGAUUUGCGAAGGUCCUUCGAAGGGAGGAGAGCCAGGAGGAAGAGCCAAAUGAUGGGGAGCUCACCUAUGAGAACAUCCAGGGGCCCAGGCCCAGGGGGGAGGAGGAGGAAGAGGAGGAGGAGGAGACCCCCAGGAAACCAGAAGACGCAAGAGAGUCAGACCGUCCGACCUGGUACGCCAUCCUGGCAUUGUUGGCCACCUGCCUGUUCCUUCUCACCACCGCCAUAGGACUGGGGGUCCGAUAUGGGCAGGUCUCCCAGCAACUCCAGCGGGAAUCCCUAAACCACACGGCCCAGAGCAACCUCCUGGCCCAGAGAGUCAGCACCUUGGAGGGGGGCCUGUCCCGUUCUCAGGAGCUGCUCCGCGAGGCUGAAAGAGAUCUCCGUUUCACCCGGAAGGCCCUGGAGGAGAGCUGGAGGGAUGGGAACAGGACACAGCAGCAGCUGGGAGACCAAGUGAGGCAAGCGGACCACAACCUGACGCAUCUGAAGCGGGAGAAGGAGCAAGUUGAGAGAGCGCUGGGCCAAGCCACUUCUUGCCAGCAGAUGGGCUGCUGUCCUCAUGGAUGGAAGAUCUUCAGGUGGAAAUGCCUGUGGGCUUCACCUUCAUCCGAAAGGAAGAGCUGGAGAAACAGCAGGGAAGCCUGCCAAGCCAGAUCAUCUCAGCUGCUUAUUUUAAAGCCCUGGAGUGCAAGGGAAUUAUGGGAUGGUGUAAUAGCAAGGGACGAGGAGACUCAUACUCAACAGCCAAAUGAAUACUGGAUCGGACUACAAAAAACAUGGUCUGAAAAGAAGAAGGAUUUGGUUUUCACUUGGGUUGAUGGCACCCCCUAUGAAGGGAAAGGAAUGGCUACCAAGGAGGGAGUCUGGGAUGUGGGCAGGGCCGGACUGAGGGUGGAUGAGGCCCUCAGCUCCUGA